AUGAGCGUAUAUAAUAGUAGGACCAACUCACCCCCAUUGAAUGUAAAUACUCAGUUGCAUGAUAUCAAGGAAGAAAGUUUGGAUGAAGAGAAUGAUAAUACAAUUGAGAUUUCUAUGCAAAGACCUGAACUACAUCCACUAAAUACCUACUUGGAAAACAAGAAUAUGAUAUCGGGAACAGAAAAUGAAGUUUUAACCACGUCGAGUGAGACAUCGGUCGAACACCCUAAAUCCACUGAUAUAGAUCGAGAAGUUAAUGACAUAUUAUAUGAAAUGGCAAGUAGUGAUGAUGUUUCAUUGCUCCCUCCAUUGCCUGAUUUAAAUACUGAGAAACAUACGUUAUUGGACCUUGAGCCAGUGCCACGAAGGAUUGAAAAUGAUGUUAAUUUAGAGUUGAGACGUAUUAGUACUCAUACAAUCCCUGAUAGCAUGAUACCAAGUACAGAAAUCUUAGAAGAGAGUCUACCCGAGAGUAACUCACCCAAUGAUCUUUCCACUGAUCUAUCAAAUGCUCUAAUGAUCCCCAUAAGUACAGAUUUUUCAGAAAGUGAAGAGGAAAGGGCUGGUCCGCUAACCUCUAAAAAUUCUACUCCUAAAUUAUCAAUAAAGAAGAAAUUUUCAAAUGUAAUGCUGAAUAACACAAGUAUCAACAGUAGUCCCUUUUCUGAAUCAGGUGAUACUGCCAAAUCUACCCCUAUGGUAGAUGGAAUAGCUCAACAUUGUCGAAACAAAUCAAUGCCCUCGCCCUCUAUGAAGGCAAGACUCUUCUCUUCUCCAAGCAUUUCGUCGCCAAGAUUAUUAAAUUUGAACGAUAGUCCCAUUCAAACACGUUCAAACUCUACCAUCACUUUAAACACCAGUUCCUUCCACCCCAAGUGGUCAAAUUUAUUCGAGAAGAAGAGGAAUAGUAGUAUCUCAAGCAUUGGCACAAGAACGAGAAAAAAUUCAACAUUCAAGAAUAAUAAUAGUACAAACGUAUUUGCCGAGCCAAUAGGGAUAGGCAUAAAUAUUAAACCUGUGAUGAUAGGGAAGCAGAGCACUGAGGAACAAGAAGAUGGUUGCAUUAAUAUAGGUUGUGAUAAUUUGCAUUAUGUUACCAAUUGUGCUGAACCCAAUAUUGACAUUCCUCAUGAAGAUGAAACAAAGACCUUGACGAAAAAAUUCUCCAAUUUUAUAAUGCAUAGAACAGAUUCUCUAAAACGAAUAGUGUCUUCUACCUCCAUAAGGCAUGCUUCAACGUCCAAACAUGUUGAUGAUGGUAUAUCACCCCUUGAAAGGAUACAGAGCCCUUAUCGCCAUCAAGAAAACAUUAAGUUAAAUGUAUCUUCUUCAACUAAUGAACUACACUCUAAAUCAGAACGCUCCAAGGACGGUAACACCGCUCCAAUUUUGCAUAAUUAUAAAUCUCACACGCAUAGCCACCCUACCUUAAAUUUACGUUCCCAUCCCGAUAUAUUAGUCUUAGAAGAUACAGUUUCAAGAGAAAAAUUGGAUGAAAAGGGAGUUGCCAACAAAUCAUUUUCACCAAUUUUCGAUCUAGGAUCUCUUUCAUCCUCCAAUUCUAAUUCAUCGUCAUUAAAGGAGUAUAUUGAUGUGUUACUAAAACAGCAAAGAGAAGAAGACAGAAAAUUAGAACUUGUGGAACAAAAAUUUGUCACGUCAGGUUGGUGUUCACAGGAGGAAUUAACCAAUUUGAAGACUAAGAGAAUGCUAAUUAAUGAACAAUGGGCUGAAAAGAUAUCAUUUUAUCAGGAUAAAUUAUAG